AUGUCAUCUCCACUCAAUUUUGCUGUUGUCGGUACAGGAAUUUUUGCCACUGACACUCACUUGCCAACUUUCCAGAAAUUACAAAACUUUAAACCAGUUGCUGCUUAUAACAGAACCAAAUCAAAAGCGGAGACAUUUGCUAAAAAAGCAGGCAUUUCAGAAAACAAAGUCUAUGAUUCAUUAGAAGAUACAUUCCAAGAUCCAGAAGUUGACUUUGUCGAUGUGUUAUUGCCAGUACAAUUCAAUCUUGAUGCAGUCAAAUUAGCAAUCGAAAACAAGAAACCAAUUUGCUUUGAAAAGCCAAUUGCAGCCAACUUAACCCAAGCCAAAGAGAUUGUUCGUUUGAGUGAGGGGACUGACUUGCCAAUAUUGGUUUUGGAAAACUGGGCAUACUUGAAAGCAAUCAAAGUAUUGAAGGAAGAAGUGCUCCCACAAUUGGGCGAAAUUGUUGCAUUCACUUAUAACGCCACUGGCCCAUGGAAUGAUAACAACAAGUACUUGGCCACUGGAUGGAGGCAAAAACCAGAACACAUUGGUGGCUUUUUAAGUGAUGGAGGUGUCCAUCAAUUGGCUUUAUUGACUGAAGUUUUAGGCAAUGUCAGAUCCGUUAGUGGAUUGACCAAACAAUUGAGAGAGGAAAGCGGUACUGAUGAUGUUUUGUUUUCAACUUUCAACCUAAACUCUGGUGUGAUUGGUACAUUCACUUAUGGUUCAGCUUUUGGUGCCACUGACAAAUCUACCAGUUUCACAAUUUACGGCAAAAACGGAUCAGCAACCUAUGAUUGGUCUCCAUCUUUAAGUAAACCAAAGAUUGUAUACCAAACAGGAACCAGUGGCCAAAAUAAAAGCGAAAAGAAAACGAUUGAAAUUGAUGAAGUUAACACUUUUGAACAGGAGUUUGAAAACUUUGCUGAAGCAAUUGAGAAAAAGGACAAGAAAUUGAUCAAAGUGCCGCCAACCAAGGCUUUUCAUCACUUGGCUAUUGUUGCUGCGGCGCUAGAAUCGUCAAAGAAAGAUGGAUCUAACGUCAAUGUAGAAUCACCUUAA